GCCAUGACCUCAGCCACUCCCCCCUCCUCAGAAGGCUCCUCCCCACAGAAAGUAUGCCACUCCCAGACGCAGACGGACAUCACCAAGCCCCUGCUGGGCUCCACAGGGGUGCCCGGAGGUGCUGGUGCAGGUGGAGGAGGAACAGGAGCUGGAGGGCCCAGUGCUCUGCGAAGGAGGCGCCGUGUUCUCUCCAAAGAUGGACGAAGCAAUGUGCGUAUUGAGCAUGUCAGCGGGCGAGGGGCGCUCUACCUCCGCGACCUCUGGACAACUUUUCUGGACAUGCAAUGGCGCUACAAGUUCUUCCUCUUCUCCGCCACCUUCGCUGGGACCUGGUUCCUGUUUGGAGUGCUUUGGUACCUGGUAGCAAUGGUGCAUGGAGACCUACUGGAGUUUGACCCCCCCUCCAACCAUACACCAUGUGUAAUGGAGGUGAAGACCCUGACAGGGGCCUUCCUCUUCUCUCUGGAGUCUCAGACCACAAUUGGCUACGGUUUCCGGUGCAUCACAGAGGAGUGUCCUGUUGCCAUUGUCCUGCUCAUUUUUCAGCUGGUCAUCACCAUGGUGAUGGAGAUCUUCAUCACGGGCACCUUUCUUGCGAAGGUGGCCCGUCCCAAGAAGAGAGGCGAGACAGUGAAGUUUAGUCAACACGCUGUGGUGUCAAAUCAUGAGGGUCGUCCCUGCCUUAUGAUCCGAGUGGCCAACAUGCGCAAAAGCCUGCUGUUAGGAUGCCAGGUGACGGGGAAGUUGCUUCAGACGUCCCUCACAAAGGAGGGUGAGACAGUGCGGCUGGACCAGCGCAAUGUGCCUUUUCAAGUGGACACGUCCAGCGACAGCCCCUUCCUCAUCAUCCCCCUGACCUUCUACCACAUCAUCGACGACAACAGCCCUCUCAUAGCCUGGGCAGCAAAAGGUGGUGGCUGGACAGACCCGGAGCUGGCUGACUUUGAGCUGCUGGUGAUCAUGAGUGCCACAGUUGAGCCAACUUCAGCCACCUGCCAGGUUCGAACAUCCUACCUUCCAGACGAGAUCCUCUGGGGCUACGAGUUUCCCCCCGUUGUCUCCCUGUCCCCCUCAGGAAAAUACGUGGCUGAUUUUGCCUUCUUUGACAAAGUGGCCAAAACCAAAACCCCGCCCCUCUUCAAGCAGGCCCUGCCGCCAAGCCCGCUAUCACAGGCAUCCCCUUAUCACAGCAGCAAGGAUGAUGGGACAGACCAGGAGAAGAUGAGACUAGAGGAGAGCUACAGGGACAAGAAGACGGGGCGAGACAAGGGGCGCAUCAGAGAUAGCAGCCCACUGAGCAUGCGUAUUAGUAAUGUUUGA